AUGUCUUCCUCCACCCACUUCUCGGAUCCCUCGAGCUUCCAGCAACAGUCCAAUGAAUUUAUCUCUUGGCUUGAAUCAUACCCCGGCGUGAAGGCCAAUCAAAAGAUUCUUCUGGCAGACUUAAGAUCCUCCGGAGCAGGACGAGGAGUUGUUGCUCGCGCAAACAUUGCCGAAGGCGAAGAACUAUUUUCCAUUCCCCGCUCUCUCAUCCUCGCUGUCCAAAACUCAGACCUGAAGAGUCUGCUACCGCAAGAUGUCGAGGCGCUCGGUCCAUGGUUGUCCUUAAUGUUAGUCAUGCUCUAUGAGUACCUGCGCGGCGAACAAUCGAAAUGGGCACCUUACUUCCGUGUCCUGCCUUCUCGUUUCGAUACACUGAUGUUCUGGUCGGAGGCGGAGCUGAGUGAGCUACAGGGCAGUGCCAUUGUGGAUAAGAUUGGCAAGCAGAGUGCAAAUAACUCUAUUCUUCAAUCUAUUGCGCCUAUUGUCAGAUCAAAUCCGGCAUUGUUCCCGCCGGUCAAUGGUCUUGCAUCUUAUGAGGGUGAUGCUGGCACUGCCGCUCUGCUGGAGCUGGCUCAUACCAUGGGGUCCUUGAUUAUGGCUUACGCCUUCGACAUUGAAAAUGGAGAAGAUGAUGACGAUGAAGAGGGCGAUGGUGGUGAUGAGAGCUUUAUGAGUGAUGAUGAGGACGAACAGUAUCCUAAGGGUAUGGUUCCGCUUGCUGAUUUGCUCAAUGCCGAUGCGGAUCGGAACAAUGCGCGUCUCUUUCAAGAGGAGGAAGCUUUGGUUAUGAAGGCUAUCAAGCCUAUCCAAGAAGGCGAAGAAAUCUUCAAUGAUUAUGGCGAAAUACCCCGUGCAGAUUUGCUCCGCCGCUACGGCUAUGUCACCGACAACUACUCUGUGUACGAUGUUGUCGAGUUAACUCUAGGCGACGUUUGUCAAUCAGCUGGACUUUCAAGCAGCGAUGUGGAAUCCCAGCCCAGGCUACAACUCCUUGAUGAAAAUGACGUUCUGGAAGACGGCUAUGUGAUUCCCAAGCCAAUUGCAAACGCUAAACUUGAGGAUAUUCUUCCCGCCGAGCUGGUUGUCUUGCUCACCACACUGACCCAGUCACCAGAAGAGUUUGAGCAGCGUCGGGCCAAGAACAAGCCGCCCAAGCCAUCUAUGGAUGUCGCCCAAGCCGGUCUUCUCUACAAGGUUCUGCAGUCUAAGCAGGCGCACUAUGCCACCUCGCUCGAACAGGAUAUCAACACCCUUUCCGGACUUCUGCCACCGAAUGCACCCGCAGCACUGGAGGGCUCUGCUCGCCGACACAAGAUGGCUUUGCAGGUCCGCAUCGGCGAGAAGGAGGUUCUGCGGGCUGUCAUGUCGAUGCUCGAAUCUCUUGCCCCAGGUGCCUCCCAGAAAAGGUCUGCCAACGGCGAUGGUCGUGGAUCACGAAACACCAAGCAGCGCGUGUGA